AUGACAAGCACAAAGUUGGAUGUUACUGUAGUGGCUAAAAAAAAUGAGGAAACCAUUGACAUUAUCAUGUUGGGAAUGCUGGCUUGGAUGGAGAACUUCCUUGUUGAAAUACGAGUCCUUUUAGGAGGCCAUUAUGGCAUCUGCUUUGAGGCCAUGGAGGCCAGUUUUUCGGGUUGUCUAAAUCAUCUCAGUGGAAACAAGAACAAUAAUGUGAAAAAGUUGCAGUAGUAAUUUGUUCUCGACUUCUUGUGGCCGACCAACUGUAGUACUCUCUUGGGUUAUGGAAAUUGUAUUUUCGUGCUGCACCAGUGCCCACAUCUACCAUGGUUCUGUAAAACUUCCGACUCCUGGCCUGCUGCUUCGUCCAUCUUUAGUUUUCUUUCAGUUCUUUAACCCCCAAUGUGUUGCUCUCUUUACUUCCAAAGUGUAACUGUGUUGAUUCUGAUUUUUUCGCGUGAAUCAGUUGGAUGCUUCUCUUAUCAUUAACUGAUUUCUUUGUGCCAGCUCAUUUUGUCGAGUUGAUCCUCAAUAAUAAGGAUGCAAUUUUUAUACAGCAUAAUGACAGUGUUUAAG